CGAUCCAAGCGCCCCGAGGAGGAGGAGCCGCCCUCCCAGGAGGACCUCCUCCUGGCAGCUGCCUAUGUCUCCGACGCCCAGUACAACCGGAACGUCCCAUUCGAAACGUCCCCCGAGGCCGUCAGACUUUACUACUUUUACAACCACUGGACGAUGCGCGCAGCCACGUACUUCUUUAUUUGCGUGGACCUUUCUCUUGCCCUGUUUGAGGACCCGGCUUUGUUCCCACUGCCUUUCUUGGCCACCUCGCUAGCAGAAGUGCUCUGCCUCGCUGCGUUCUCCGGGAGACUGGUGCAUUUUGCAAAAAUCACGCCUCAGACGGUGUUCUGGAAGGAUACGAAAAACAUCUGCGUCAUGGUGACCGUCGUGCUGACCCUGGUGGACCUGAUAACCUACGGGUCCCUGGAGACUCUUCACAUCCGCAGCGUGCGGUGGUCCAGGGCACUGAGGCCAGUCUUCCUAAUUAACUUCCCCGAGAGUCGCCAGGUAAGGACGCGGCGGCUUUUUCGAAGCAUCCGGAACACCCUCCCUGAUGUCCUCUGCGUCUUUCUCCUGUUUCUGUUCAGUGUGCUCGUCUUCUCCCUCAUGGCCUUGAAGCUUUUCGGAGACAGGGGACUGAAGACAGCGGAAGGCGACCCCUACUUCACGAACAUUCUAGACAUAGCCUUUGAGCUCUACGUGCUGGUCACCACGGCCAACAGUCCCGACGUCAUGAUGCCUGCCUACAACCUCAACUGGUGGUACUCUUUGUUCUUUAUUACCUACAUCAUCAUCAAUACCUACAUCUUCAUGUCGGUCUUUCUGGCUGUGGUCUACAACAAUUACCGGAAGAACUUGAAGAAUGAGAUCCGCAAAUUGGCCUACCUAAAACGCCACAAAAUGAUGGCGGCGUUCAACAUCCUGAAAGUGCGGGCGGGUGCGGAGUUGGUGGUGGCCGAGGCGGCGUGGAGGCGGCUGGCCAGGGCGGCGGCCCCCGACACCAGCGGCGCCCACCUGGAGCCGCUGCUGCGGAUCUCCGACGAGGGGCAGACGGGCCGCAUGGACAAAACCAACUUCCUCCGCGUGGCCGACCUCCUCCACGUGCAGGUGGUGUCGGUGCGCGCGGAGAGCCACCCUCGGGACGCGUGGCUGCCGCGGGUGUACCGGGCGCCCGCCAGCCCACGGCUCCGGACGCUGGUGCGGCGCAGGGUUUUCGUCUGGGUUUAUGACGUCAUCAUCUUCAUCAAUGCCGUCUUCAUCGCUCUGGAUGAGAAGAACCCCUUCAUCUCCCACGCGGAGUGGCUCUUCCUGUCUCUCUACGCGGCUGAGAUUCUCCCGAAGCUGUACACGUGCGAGCCCAGGGCCUAUUUCGGAAGGAAGCAGUUUUGGAACUGGUUUGACACGCUGAUCAUUAGCGCAGCCCUGCUGGCCACGGUGGCCAACGCGAGCAUUCAGUCAGGUCGCUGCUCCCCGCCCUCCGCCUCCCCGCCUCCCGGGUCCCGGGUUCAGCAAGCCCUCCCGGUGGUCUACUACGUGUUGGCGAUCGUCGGGAUGGGAGUGUUCCACGGCCGAGUGCGCUUCUCGGGCCCCAUCGUGAGCACGCCCGCCGCCUUGGCGUGCGGGAACCCCGCGCUGAGGGCGUCGGCCCGCCCCUUCGCCCGCGCCGGCUACUGCAGGAGCAACCUCAACGACCUGGCCUCCUCCUUCAUCCUGCUCGCCCAGCUCACGGCGGUCAACCAGCGGCACGUCCUGGCCGGCGGCUUCGCCCGGGUGACGCACCGGGGCCACGUCGUGGCGGUCAUCCUCGUGGUGAACGUCUUCGUAGCGUUCGUCCUGGAGGCCUUCUUCGUGGCCUACGCGCUGGAGAAGGGCGAGAUGGAAACGGCCAUCGAGAGGAAGAUCCAAGAGCUGGGCGUGGGGCUGCGAGCGAGUGGCCGCCCGGGGCGUCGGCGGGGCCGGGCUCUGCCCCACGCGCCCCGCCUGCGCCCGGGCGCCUCGGGGCGGGCCCCGCGCCCUGGAUGA